UUAACAAAGAAAGCCCGAACUUCGCACCUAUUAGCUGGUCCCUACUAGCUGCCUGAAACGGACACCGAGUGAGCAGACGGACGGGUUGGGUGAUGGGUGAUGUAUGGUGACACCAUUCCUCGGUAGAUCGAUGACCCUCUCGGGAUCUACCUUGAACCCUGCUUUGCCCCUCUCUUACUUUUGCUUCGGCCUUUGGACUGUCCAUGUGACCGGUCCUUCGAGCCAAGAACCCCGCAGAGUAGUACGGUGGUAUUGUCGUCGUCGUAGCCUGGGAGUCGAAGUCAUCAUGAAUCAACCAUUAGUAAGGACCAGUCCCGAGGACCAUCCGUGCGCCGUAACUUAUUCUUGCCUGAUCUUGGUCUUCCGAUCACCCGUGCAAGAGACUAGCCGUACAAGAGAGAAAAUUCGUGUCAGCACGGAAUUAGUCGAAUCAGGAUUUCCGUACUCCGUACUCACUGACUUGGGAUUCCUAUCUGUAGGUAGCCUGCACUGCCUUCGUGUCAGCCUGUUAUAUAUACUACUAACAGUUAUUUUAAUACCAACAUCAACACGGAUGACCCAACCAACAGUACAGCAUCGCCUCAGUCUCCCGACACGGUAUAGAUGACUAGUACUACUUACUGACCGACUGAUUCGAUGAGUAUGCUGGUAAGUGGUGUGACAAGCCUGUCGUCCUUCGUUCCUCCUCUUCUGAUCGUCAUCAUUCAAUCAAACGGCGAAUACUCCAUUAGA